UGGUCAGGGGGCGAUAAGCAACAAUGAGUUACUGCUCACAGCAUACUACAGUUUAACGGUUUGUUUCAAAUAAGAUUCAAACAGGAUGUCUCCUGGACAGGAGACAUCUGCUGCUGUAAUUUCUGAAGUUAAUUUAGAAACGGAUUGGCUUGUCUUGUGUCAUGUGACACAAAUCAGUUGCGUGAUCAAGGGGAUGCUGGUGUUUUAUGUGUAUGGGGGCGCGUUCGUAUGUGAUGGGUAGUGGUAUUGUGAGUAUUGCCUGAUGGGCCCGACCAAUUUGAAAUGCGUUCCGCGGUCCAUGGCUGAAGUGGUCUGGUUUCAUUCAACCACUAGACCCCCAUGUAGUAUAUGUAUUACAAUUUGGUCUUUCUGAUAUUUGCCUAGAGCAAAAAACAGAGCAAAUCAUUGUUCUAGAAGUGUUGUUAAUUAUACAAACAGUGCCAACUGUAGAAAAACACAUGUGGGUAAAAAAUUUAGAAACAAUGAAUCAGAAGGAUUCUAUAGUGUAAUGAUUCUAGCUCAGUGUUUCGCCUGAUCACCUCCUCCCUACUGAUCACCGUCACCUGCAACUGAUUCCCUGCUCUAAUUACUCCUGUCAGCCCAUCCCUAUAUAAGCACUCCUCUUUCAGUUUGUCUUUGCUGGUUUGUCUGAUCUCCAAGACUCUGCACUCCCUCAAUCACCAGAUGUCCAGCUUCCCUUCUGCUCCCCAGCCUGUGCACUCCUCGCCAGCCAGUCUGCUACCUCACGCCAUCCCAGGUUAGUGGAUCUUGCCUCCCACUCACCUCUUUACUUUGUGUUCCAGUCUUCCCUCCUGUCUCGAUCCACCAGCACGUCCUGGCUUUCACCCUGACGCACCACAGCCACAGUCCUCCUUCACAUCCUGGUCCCUGUUCCGACGCACCACCUGUCCCACUUCGUCAGCACGCUUUGGACCCAGCUCCGGAGCUCAUCAGGCUCGUUCUGUCGGUGCUCCUGCGUCCCGUCUGCGGUGGCUCUGAGGACCACCGUACCCGUCUGCCUGCUCAAUCUCCACCAUCUCCAGUCUUCUUCAGCCCGGUCCUGAUCCAUCCUACCUUCUUUGUGGCAAUAAAGCUCCUAAAUAUCCGGCUCUGUGUGUGGUUUGAAUUCGGGCUCGGACCCCGGUCAUUACAUUUAGUUUGUGAUAAAGCAGUUCUUCCUAAAAGCUUAUUCCAAGAAGCAGCUAUUUUGAGCCAUGGGCAAUUGCCAUGUCUCAAAAAGGGAGGGAUAACCAUAAUACAGCAACAUAUGGAUUUCAUUUAUAGGAUAUAAUUCAUACACAAAAUAUUUUUUUGUAAAGCAUGUACGAUCUGUGUUAAAAAUUACCCUCAGGUUAAUUUUAGAUCAGAACAGUGAAGGUUUCCAGAACUAAAGGAACCUUUUGAUGUGAUGCAUAUGGAUUUUAUUGAACUGACACAAAGUGGCCCUUACAAAUACUGUUUGGUAAUGAUUGAUGCAUUUUCAAAAUGGGUUGAAAUAGUUCCAGCAAAGCACACAGAUGCACUGACAGUAGCUAAAGCUAUAUGCAAAGGUUUGGCAUCCCACAGAAAAUUUACUGUGAAAAUGGUCCACAUUUUCUGAAUCAGGUCAUUCAGCAAAUGGCAAGCAGGUUACAGAUAACCUUAAAGAAAUACUGUGCCACAAAGUGCAGAACUUGUGAAAAGGACAAAUGGGACAUUUAAAUCCAGGCUUAAUAAGUGCAUGGAAGAAACAAAGAGGCCAUGCCCAGAAUGUCUGGACCUAGUAAAACUGUACAUGAGAAUAACUCCAACGAGCAGUGGUUUGACUCCGUUUGAAAUAAUAUAUGGUAGACCAUAUAAAUUACCGCUGUUCACAAUACAGACACCACCUAAGGAGGAAGAAAAAACUCUAGCAGACUAUAUGAGAGAAAUGUUGCAGUCUAAAAAAGUGUCCAAUGCAAAUUUACUGCGAGGAGAACCUUUGUCUCCACAGGAUCCACAAGCAGUGAGACCAGGAGACUGGGUGUUAACUGGGCGAGCCAAAGGUGGGAAGGACCAUCCCAAGAGCUCCUGACCACGCCAACAGCUGUGAAGAUUGCUGAAAGACCUUCCUGGAUUCACCUCAGCCACUGUCUGUUUGUUCUGGAGUAUGGACACGGAUGACAUAAGGCGCAGAUCGGUGCCGAUUUGGGGUUGGAGGAAUAAAACUGAGCAUUUACAGCCGAUAUGUGUAUCCAUGGGGCACCCAUCACAUCUGCUACAGUCGCUUACGCUAGACACUGAGCAAGAGGCUGUUUCACAUCACAAGCAAGUCAGCCUGGCCUCCCAAUACGACCUCACCUCCAGAAGAUGAGGAGACUCUCCCUCUACCAAAAAAGAGAGCUCGUUUGGGGAGUGAGCCGUCAGAGACCGCGAAAGAUGGCACAGUGUGGCGUGAAGAACAAGUGGGGACACAUCUCCACUUCACUCCAAUAGAACCGUACGCCACAGAUGGAGAGCCAAGCGCUAAGGCCAGACGAAGUAUCCGGAGUCGCCUUCAGAGCUUCCUCUGUUUUAUCACUCUUGACAUGCUUCGUAGCAUUCGAGAAUGGACUACUCAACAUGCACGUCACACGGAGCAGCUGGAUUGGUUCAUGGAUCUCCCGGAACUAAUGGCAUUUAUUUCAGUCAUUAUCUUGCGGGGGUGACCAAGGUUCCAUCACUAUGUGACAGCUGAUCAGCAAACCUGGGAAACCCAAGGAUCAUUGAAACUAUGGCCCGAAACCGCUUCCAAGACAUCAUGCGACACCUACGCUUUGAUGACAUGUUUACACGCAGUGAGCGAGUGGAGACCGAUAAGUUUGCUACAAUCUCCGAUGUUUGGGGAUCGUUUGUCACUAACUGCAUCGCAUCCUACAACCCUGGUCGACACAUCACUAUUGAUGAACAACUUUUUCCAUCAAAGACUCGCUGCUGUUUCCUGCAAUACAUUGCAACAAAACCGGACAAGUUUGGCAUCAAGUUUUGGGUGGCUUGUGACUUGAAAUCAAAGUACAUCUGUAAUGUCUUCCCAUAUCUUGGCAAGGACCCCAGUCAUCUCAGUGGGGAGAGACUGUCCAAGACUGUAGUGAUGAGGCUGAUGGAACCGUUCAUGGACAAGGGCAGAACUGUAACCACGGACAAUUUCUUUACAUCACUGUCACUUGCACAACGACUGCUUAGCCAGAAAACCACUAUCCUCGGCACAGUCAACAAGAGACGACGGGAAAUUCCUCAAUCCGCUAGACAGAUGGAUCGCACUGAAUUCACCACUCAGAUGUUUUCAACCACUGGUGCCACGCUGACGGUGUAUGCGCCCAAACGGAAGAAGGCCGUUUACGUUUUCAACAGCAUGCACAGCGUGGUUGAGACUGAGGAUACCACCAAAAGGAAGCCAAACACGGUCACACAAUACAACAAAACAAAGUGCGGUGUGGAUGUGAUGGACCAAAUGGUGCGGGAGUACAGCGUGCGUGCAGGAACACGGAGAUGGCCAGUUGCCGUGUUCUACAACAUGAUUGACAUGGCAGCACUGAAUGCACAUGUGCUUUAUCAGGGAUGCAUUGGGGUGCAGGAGAGAUGGGUGGACUUGACAAAUAUUUCCAUCAGAGAAAACUUUCUUUAUGGAGAGUUUUCAAGACGCCACCAAAGAACCUCAUGGGUAUUUAAUCGUCAAUCUGACUCCCACUUGCCCAGAUCGUUUUAGACUGAGAACUGGAAUGCUCCCAGGUCAGUGGCCAGCUGUCUAUGUACCUAAGUUAAAUUAAUUCAUCAUGUCGGCGCGCAUAAGAAGGAAUGCUCCCUUAUUCAUAGCUCUGUUUCACGCUACACCGCAGGAACGGAAUGACAUUCUUGCCCAUUGCUCAUCCGACUGUCUCAAAGCCUUGUGUGAGAUAGCUCUGAAUAUCUUAAAAGGUAACAUUAAAUUAUCUCCUUCUCAACAUAAAAACUGGAAAAGCAGAAAAAGAUAAUCAGACUGCUGGCUGAUAAAAGAACUAGUUUAAAACACAAGCAGUCGGUUCUGAAAAAUCAAACAGGCGGGUUUAUUCUUCCCUUGCUGAGCAUCGUGGCCCCUUUAUUAGGACAGGUGUUGGGUGGUGCCAUCAGGAGAUGAGAGAGAAUAUCUCUUAGGACAGCGCAAAAGAUGUAUCUGGUUUCACCGCAUCAGUUCAAACGUUUGACCCUGUCAGAUUCUUCUACCAGACAGACGGCUGAAGAGGAUUUGGAUUCUAAAAUGAGAGAGAUUCUGAAUGAACUGGGACUGUGUUCUUAUGAAAAAAAUUAAAAGGUACAACGCUCUGUUGCAGAGAUAUCUCACUCUAAUGAAGCAGGGUCAGCUGGACGAACCCCGGGUGACUUUUACUAUGAAAUUUUCACCCUAACAGUCUGUAUGAAAUAAAAACUGGAGAAAAGAAUUUAUAAUAAAGAUGCUUUAAUGUUUAAUGCAUACAGUGUUUUUUAGACACGUUACAGUUUGUAACAAUCUUUAAACAUUUGUAAAGAACAAGUUCCAUGAU